AUGGCGACAACCGCUAAUGUGACCAUCAACGCGCCCCGCGACCCCAACACAUUGUCUAACUACAAUGCUUGGUUGACUCGGCACACGAAGGCAAAUUUUGAGAUCGAUUUUGUGAAGAAAAUCCUUCGCGGAAACGUGGUGUUGAGUCUAGAAAGUUUGACGGAGAGGGAGAGUAAGGAGAUUGUGCUUGAUACAAGCUACCUUGACAUUCAGGAUGUACAGGUAGCCGGUAUUCAGGUGGCAUGGGAUACAAAGAAGUGGACAGAGCCGUAUGGCAGUCCAUUGACAAUCUCAUUGAAUGAAGGGGUCGGGCAAGGAGAGAGUAUUGAUGUUGACAUCACACUGAGUACGACUGAACAGUGCACGGCGCUGCAGUGGAUGGAGCCUGAACAGACUUCGAAUAAGAAGCAUCCGUAUAUGUUCUCUCAAUGCCAAGCCAUUCAUGCGAGGUCUGUGUAUCCCUGCCAGGACACGCCAGAUGUGAAGUCGACGUUCGAGUUCAACAUCCGCUCUCGACUUCCUGUUUUGGCUAGUGGUCUGGCUACAGGUUCAAAGGACUUUGCACCGGGGAAGAAUGGCGAGUCUGGCACACUCGUGUACUCCUUCAAGCAAGAUGUCCCAAUGCCCAGCUACUUGUUUGCUAUUGCCAGCGGAGACCUUGCAAGUGCUUCGAUAGGACCGAGGAGUGUAGUGUGGACAGGUCCUGAGGAGCUUGUGGGCUGUAAGUGGGAGUUUGAAGGUGACAUGGACAAAUUUCUUGAAGCUGCAGAGAGUAUCGUCUAUCCAUACGCUUGGGGGACAUACAAUGUGCUCGUGCUUCCCGCAUCCUUCCCCUAUGGCGGCAUGGAGAAUCCCAUCUACACAUUCGCGACACCAACAAUUGUCAGUGGAGACAAGCAAAAUAUCGAUGUCAUCGCCCACGAGCUUUCGCACAGCUGGAGUGGUAACCUGGUAAGUAACGCAUCAUGGGAGCAUUUUUGGCUUAAUGAAGGCUGGACUACCUAUCUCGAGCGCCGCAUCCAAGCAUACAUCCACGGCGAGCCACACCGCGACUUCUCCGCUGUCAUUGGAUGGAAGGCGCUCACUGACUCCAUCAACGACUACGGCGAAGACCACGAGUUCACAAAGUUAAUCGUCGACCUCAAAGGCAAAGAUCCCGAUGACGCAUUCUCGUCCAUUCCUUACGAGAAAGGGUUCAUCUUCCUGUACUACCUGGAGAAGCUCAUUGGCAAAAGCAAAUGGGAUAAAUUCAUUCCUCACUACUUCCAGACGUGGAAAUACAAGUCAGUAGACUCAUACGACUUCAAGGCCACGCUCCUCGACUUUUUCGCCUCCGACAAGGCUGCGGCCGCGAAACUUGACGAGGUUGAUUGGGACUCAUGGUUCUACAAGCCCGGAUUUCCGCCCAAGCCAGAGUUCGACGAUACACUUAUCAAGUCGUGCCUCGAGCUGGCGGAUAAAUGGGAGUCGCGCUCGACCGGGAAGACCGACUUUACGCCUGCGGCAACAGACAUCAAAGGUUGGGUCGGAAACCAAAGUGUUGUGUUCCUUGAGCGCGUACAACUGUUCCCCAAACCCUUGAAGGCAGGAGACAUCGAGCUCAUGGGUCAGGCAUAUAGCUACGACAAGAGCCAGAACGCGGAACUUGUAUCGAGAUACUAUGGGAUUGGGCUGCAGGCGAAGGCAGAGGCCGUGUAUCAGCCAACUGCAGACUUCUUGGGCCGUGUCGGAAGGAUGAAGUUCGUCAGGCCUUUGUAUAAAAUGCUGAAUGCAUGCGAUAGAAAGUUGGCAAUCGCGACGUUUGAGAAGAACAAGAACUUCUAUCACCCGAUUUGCAGGAGUAUGGUCGAGAAAGAUCUUUUCGGGAAGGACGCAUAA